CACCACUGCAGGAAGUGCGGCCAGGCCGUGUGCGGCAAGUGUUCGUCCAAACGCUCCACCAUCCCCCUCAUGGGCUUCGAGUUUGAGGUGCGCGUGUGCGACAGCUGCCACGAGUCCAUCACCGACGAGGACCGAGCGCCCACAGCCACCUUCCACGACAGCAAGCACAACAUUGUGUACAUGCACUACGAGCCCACCACUGGAAACCUGCUCACCUCUGGCACCGACAAGGCCAUCAAGCUCUGGGACAUGACUCCUGUGGUGUCCUGAGUCUUCCUGGACACGCGACGUUCAGCGAGGACCUCUGACGAACUGUGACGAUUUCAUGGCAGCAGCUGCACUUUGAAGAGGGAGGAGCUUUCCAAACAGCCUCUGUGUCAUCUGGAUAAUAUUUAACGACAAAGUGUGGCUGCUGGCCCGUUUAGCUGCAGCCCAGUGAAGCCUGAGGGCGGGGCCGGUCUACAGACUUGCAGAGUCAACGUGUCCGGAGAGCUCUCUGGACUCGGGGAAACUUUGUGGCAUUUGACUUUGGAUGUUAUCCACACAACUGAAUGAUUUAACGUCCACACCUUUGCUCUGAUCUAAUACUGAAAACUCAUGAAAAGUACUAAACGUCCAUGUGAAACGUCACCGAACUGGACUCAAACUCUUAGCAGGAACAUCUACGAUACAAGAUGCUGUUUCUGCUCGGGUUCCCUGCCAGCAGUUCAGGAGUACAUGUUGCCACCUGCAGGCUCAGUCUCUUAUUUUAUUCAUUCCACGUUCUAAUAAACACAUGAAACUUAACCACCUGUCAACUUGGAACAGUCAACCGCUUGUAAAUUCAUAAUAGCGCCUUAUUUCCAGAACGAAGCAGAAUAAAAUGCAGCAUUAAUGUGGCUGAAGUUGUGACUCUCACAUAAAUAAAUCCCAAAAUCCGUUUUGAGUUUGCACUAAAUUUAGUUUCAUUUUCUCCAAAGGUCCUUUAAAUCAUGUUACUACAGAAUAAAACACGAGGUCAAAUCAGAGGAUACAAAGGAAAUUUAAAGUGUUAAAAUCAGAGCCAAGCAUGAUAAUUAAAUAUAAAAUGAGAUAUUAAUGAUGCACGAGCUCC